UGGGCCGAACACAAUCUUCUUCACAGUGAGAAGCGAAGAGAGAAAGAGAGAGAGAUGGCUGAAGCGGCGAGAAGACAGGGUGGUGGGAAGCCGUUGCCACCGCCGCCACCGAGAGGUGUUAACCAGCCUCCUCGUCCAAGAAUCGAUCCCGUCGAUCGUGAAAAGACAUGUCCUCUACUUCUUCGGGUUUUCACCAAGAUUGGGGGACAUCAUACCAAGGAAGAUUAUGCUGUGAGAGGAAAGGAACCAAAGGACGAGGUUCAAAUUUACACUUGGAAAGAUGCCACUCUUCGCGAGUUGACUGAUUUGGUAAAAGAGGUUUCUGUGGCAGCAAGGAGAAGGAAUGCAAGGUUGUCUUUUGCUUUUGUUUAUCCUGACAAGAACGGCCGCUUUGUCGUGAGAGAGGUGGGUCAGACGUUCUCUUAUCCAAAUCGAAAACAACCAGAGGACAGCAAAACUCUGGCCGAUCUCGGGUUUGAGAUUGGAGAUUAUCUGGACGUAGCGAUCUACUAGGAGAAAGUUUGAUUUGCGCGUGUGAGAGGAAAAUAUCAUCCUUGUGGUUCAAUUUCAAUCUGUUCCGUACUUGUGUAUGACUAAUGUUGUCUGCAUUGAGGUUUCUGAACAUCAUAUGGUAGAAAUUUUAUGUGGUUCACAAUCUAAAGCCUUUAGUCAAGCUUACAUUAUCUUCCCAUGAGUUGAAUAUAUAAUUGCACGUUGUUAAUUGCAUUAGUUGUGUGUUGUCAUUUUUCGA